AUGCAAUCAACACCUCAAUUAUCAGAGACUUCAUCAGAUCCCCCACAGAAAAGAAGGAGAAUAAAACAGGCAUGUGAUUAUUGUAGGUCCAAGAAAGCAAAAUGCGAUGGGAAAGCACCCAGUUGUACAAAUUGUAUAACGUCCAAUGAAGAAUGUGUCUACUCACAACCUUCUAAAAGACGAGGGUUACCCUCUGGUUAUACACAUUCAUUAGAGAAAAGAAUUCUAUUAUUUAAAGGUAUACUAGUAAGUUUAAUUCAAGACGAUAAAUUGAUUGAAUCAAAACUUUUGAACUUGUUAUACAAUUCGAAUAUUCUAAUAGAGAAGCUAGAGGAUCUUGAGACUGUAUGGGAAGUACACAAUUUGUCACAACUAUUUGAUCAGGUCUUUCAGGAUAAUAAUGCAAGUAUUAAUAUUACAAAAUCCAAUAAACCAACAGCUAAUAAGACCAUCACCACCACCAUCAGUAACAACACCAAUAAUUUAAAAACUGAUAACAGAGAUGUAUCUAUUUCGGGAAAUAGCCCCAAUCCAUCAAUCAACGACUCUGCUAGAUUAGCACCGGUGGCUAUGCUUACGUCAGUACCAGGAGGAUUAGAGAAUCAAGUACAAUCUGCAACUUCAAUAUCAACAACUACAACCACAACGACUGCACCUCCGUUGCCUUUACAACUCCCCGCACAUGGACAACGGUUAGCCACUUCUGGAGCUCCACCACUUUUGCAACAGCAACAACAACAACAACAACAACAAUUACAAAUACAAAUAGCAUCUCCUAAUCAACAGGAUCCUAUUCAACCAUCUCCAAAUAGUGCAUUUGGAUCAUUUAUUGGAAAUAACAAUUACCCAAGUACUCCAUCACCAGCAGUGAGUGAUCCGUCAUUUUUUUUCAAUUAUGAUGUUUUCCAGUUCAUAUCAGAUGAAAUCGAGGGCGCUGAUGAUAGUAGUCCUGAAAAUUGGGAACCUGUGGCAUUGCAGUAUCAUGGAAUGUCGUCAUUAAUUUCAGGAUUCACAAACAAAGUAGUGCAACAAUAUAACAGCAAGAUAAAUAAUGUGUUCAAGAAUCCAUUUAGAGUUGGAUCGAUAUUCAAUGUCUCUUCAUUUGCAAUUAAUGCAAGUAUGUCCCAAAAUGCCAGGUUCCCAGAUGAAUUGUUUGAAUUUCCAGCAAACGUUCGAGAAUUAAUGGAUGUUUACUUCUUGGUUCCUCAUUGUCUUAUGCCGAUGUUGGAUAAAGUUUCGUUUAUUAGACACAUGAACUACUUAUUGGGUCUUCCAACAAGAAAAAGAAAAGCGGUUGAUGGGAACAUGUUAGCUUUAGUUUGGGCGGUUUUAGCACUUGGUGAAUUCUCCAUGGUUGGAGGUGAUUGUAAAACUGCAGCUUUAUAUGCCAAAUAUUCUACAAUGGCGUUGGAAAAUUCAUUUACAACCACCAUCGAAACUAUACAGGCCAUGAUAAUUCUUGGGUUAACAUAUUAUCAUUUAGGACAAUGGGAUUUCUCGUGGGUUUUGAUAUCUUCAGGUACAAGAAUGGCAGUUGAUGUUAGAUUAAUGCGAAAUGCAUCUGAUGAUGAUCCGAAACUGAAAUUUCAAAGUAGUGCUAGUUUGAAUAAUAUCAAUAGACAAAGAACAUGGGCCACUGUAUUCUUGGUCAAUACUUUGUUGUGUGCAAGAAUGGGGAGAUCACCGGUGGUAAGGGCACACGAUUGGCCUGUACCCCAAAUCAAUAGUGAUGGCUGGGAAGAAUGGCAACCUUGGGAAUUCUAUUAUUCAUCAGAUAUCCCUAAACUUGAACAUGGGAAAUUCUUGUCAAUAUUCAACGAAGUUUUGAAAGGAAUUGCAAUUGUGAAUUUAGCAAUUACUGCCACUAUAGAUACCACAGUUUUCCAAGGAGGUGAAAUUAAAUAUGAUGAUCGACAAAACUCGCAAAGUAUGUCAUUGGAGAUGUUUAAUGCAAGGAUUGAAAAUUGGAAAGCACAAUUGCCUGAACAUUGUCAAGUUGAAUAUUAUGGGAAGGGUGCCAUCCCUCCACCUCCAGUAAUUUUGUUACAUGUAUUGGGUGAUUUGAUUUGGUGUAUUUUGGCUGUAAGAUUGAGUUCACUCAAGAGCAAUAAUGAGAUUAAAGACAAGAUUAUUAAAUUUAGGAAUCAAAAGUAUACCAGAGCCAUUAUAUCAAUUAAGAGAUUUCUCAAUGAUAGAACAGUUCAUAUUUUACAUCAUUAUUUCUUAUUUGACUACUAUUUGGUCAUGGCAUUCAAUUUCCCCGAUAUGAUGGAUUUUGAAUCUGAACUUAUAAAGCAAUCACAUAUUUGUGAAAUGAGGAAUGUUUUAUUGAAGGCAGCAUCUUACUCAGUACCUUGUCGUGUCUCUUGGGAUUUGUUCACUAUUAUGAAUAAUACAUCUUCAAAUGAUAUUAAAGACACACCAAAGAAUAAUUUUUCCCAAGAUACUCCUACUGCUCAAGAAUCACCCAUGAUUUCAAAUCUUUUAAAUGAACCAAUUACAAUUAAACCAGAGCCUGUUGAAAUGAAAGCACCCAAAGCACCAAUAUCAGUACCACAGACUCAACAAGUAAAACAGGCAAUGCUGCCAGGUAUUAUUCCAUAUACUCCUACCAAUGCUAAAAGUUGGGUUCAUCAACUUCCACCACCAACAGCAACUACAUUGACAUUGCCCGUAAUUGGACACACACAGAAUUAUUUUGCGCCAGACUCAAAUUUAUUACCAAUGCAACAUCCAGUUCAUCAGCUGCCUUUAUAUCAAGCUCGAAUUCCCUCCGUCGAUCAACAACAACAACAACAACAACAACAUCCUCUACCUUCAGCUCCAGCUCCGCGUCCUCCAUCGCAUCAGCAACAGUAA